AUGCCAACUCCAAUCCCAUCCCAACCACACCCUCCCUCCAACUCGGCAUCAUACUACUACAACCUAAACUACGCCCUCCCAUUCGAAAAAGUCCAGCAAAUCGCGAUGUGGAGGAUCGAAGUCGACCGGUAUCGAGGGGGGAUGCCUGUGAUCGACUUGACAGAAGAGGAGGAAGAGGAAGAAGAAGGGAAAGGAGAGGAUUAUUUCAAAAGGAAAGAAGGCUUGGAUGUAGACGUCGACGCGGACGGAGAACCAGACGACAGAAGAUACCUUUACUCGGAAUACACCUUCGACCCUCGCCCUAGAACCGCACUCCGACGAAUGAAUUACGACGGGGUCGGAAUGGACUUGGAGAGGGAGAUGGAGAUGGCCAUGGGGAUGGACAUGGACGUCGAGAUGUACGACGAAGCUGCUGGAAUGGGUGUUGACCAAGCCGACGAUGAUUUCGACUGGGACCGACUGACGUACGUCGCAGAGGGCGACAAACGGGUGUUCGAACUCCCGCAUCCGGACGUGAACCCCCUGGUGAGUAAUAACCUUCCCAUCCAAAUCCGCGUGUUGUUUCCAAACGCCUUUUGGCGUUUCGAAUACUCGUGUUUUACGACGAAGCGCAAUGUGCUGACGGAGUUUCUGUCUUCUGUCGUUCCAUGCUCCUUCCCGGUCGCCUCGUUCGUUCCGGAUUCCGUCUUCCGCCACCCUGAAACGCAUCCCCACCAUCUCUCUGUUUCCCCCUCCCAGAUGUGCACCGACAAAGACCUAAUCGAGAAGGAAUACGUCCGCGUCAUAAUCCAAUGGAACCACUUUGAAGAAGAAAAAUACCUCGCCUCCAAAGUCCUUCGCAAACUCCCUCCACCUUCCCCCGACCACAAAGCUUCUCAAUGGAACAACGCUGUCGACCAUAAAGCCCAGUGGCACAACGCAGACCGCGCAGUCAAGUUCUGCGCCAACGCAACGCGGUACAUUGAGCUCCACGCGCGCAGGCAUCGACUACCCAUCGACUUUGAGGCCCUGUUCUUCAAGUGGUAUCGGCCGCCUGCGGUGUACCUGUAUUUGCCCGACGAGACGUGCCAGUGGGAUCCCGAGACGAUGUACAUCUUUGAGCAGGUGGAGACAGUGUUGUUGGGGAAUUUGGCGGCGUCGGGGGAACCGCUGCCUGAGUGGUCGUAUUACACCCCGCCGCCGAUGCAGGCCGAGUAUGUCCAGGUAUAG